AUGGUGGACUCAAAUUCAACUUUUUGCGAUCUUCCUUAUUCGUCAACCGUCGCUAUAGCAACAAUCAAUGCAAUAUUUUGUGUGUUGGGUAUUAUUGGCAACAGUCUGGUGUUGGUAACUGUAUACAGAACCAUGGAACUACGAAUAUUGAGUAAUCUUUAUUUGGUUGCAUUAGCUAUCGCUGAUUUUCUCACGAGCGCCAUAGUACAACCUUUGUUAAUUGUCAUGGUAAUCCAAGAAAGCAAGGGGGAGUGCAACAAAACAUUGGAAACAGUGUUUCGUAGUGUAGGAAAUUUCUCUGCUGCAGCUUCUUUUCUUAUUUUACUAUUCAUUACAACGGAACGUCUACUUGCAGUCUUAAAACCAAUCCUGUAUAAAAACUUUCAUCCCAAACGAAGGUUUGUGGUUUUCAUUAGCAUCAGCGUGAUACUUCCUUUGAUCUACACUAUCCUGCGUCUUGCAGUGAGCAAGAAAGCUACAUCUUAUUUUUCUGGCAUAUUACUUGUGUUCGGGUACAUCUAUGUAGUGGCAUGUUAUCUUAUAAUUCUGCUUCAGUUACGCAGACAAAGUAGGAAGAUGAAAAGAUCAACUAGCAUACCUCAUGGAGAAGAUACCAGGUCGACACGACAUGCUGAGAAGGCGGUCACUUCAACUAUGGCAUUAAUUAUUGGUAUAUUUACAAUAAUGUGGGGACCAUUCUUUUAUUAUCGUAUCUCGCAACCUUCCACUAAUAGCGGCGAGGGUUAUAACUGGGUUCGAACAACAGCAAUCAGUAAUUCAGCCCUAAAUUUCAUCGUGUAUGCUCUCCGAAUGAAGAGAUUUCAAAAUGCAUUCAAAACUACCAUAGUUACGGUAUCCAUACAGUGUUACGAACGUCGAGCAGUAUUAAUGCUCAAAACUGAACUUAUUAUGUAUGUAUUGGCAAGAAUGAACUUGAACUUGUAUGUAUUGGAUCAUCAAUCACAAUGCUGCUGGAGGAUAUGA